GGAAACAUCACAUUCUAUUUGUAAUCGAGUACAUCACCCUACUUUUUUCAUUCGAGUACAUCACUGAUUUUUUUGUAUUCGAGUACAACACUGUGUCUCCCGCCAUCGCUUCGUUGUUUCAUUUGUUAUUGACUGUGGUGCUGAACUCCACUGAACAUGAAGACUGUCAUCCUCGCCCUGGUGUGUUUGCUCCAUGUGGAUCUGUCUGUUCCGCUCUUUGACGGAUGCAGCUUAGUGACAAUGAGGUAUGUUGUUGUUGUUGUUGCUCUUUGUCAACGUAAUAAUUUCAUUCUAAUUGCAUUUUUUUUUUUUAAAUCUCAUUCGCACAAUACUUUGUAUAUAUGGAGGAAAUGCGGCUUAAGUGGGUUGGGAAAGUGGAGCAUUUGAGAUGGUGGAGAGGUUUGGGUAGUCGUUUUGACACAAGAGCGUCACUAUAAUAUUCUUUACAGGUUUCAGCAGACCUGUGAUCGUACAUAAAUAGCAACAGGGAACUUUAAAAACUACGUACUAAAUUAAGUUAAGAAUUAGAAUUAUAUAAUUGACCUUAUUAAUCUUAAAUGGUUACCAGAAAUUUUAACGAAAGAAAUUUGCUCGGAAAUAAAAUGGAUCGGGGGGAGGGGGGGGGGAGGUGAAGGAUAGAGAAACCAAACAUAAGUUUUUUUUAAAAAAGUGAACAUUUUCCCCAUUUCUCACUAGCACCUUCCCUUCAAAAAAUGUUAAAGAAAUGAAAUUUAAUUGACCUUAUUAAUCUUAAAUGGUUACCAGAAAUUUUAACGAAAGAAAUUUGCUCGGAAAUAAAAUGGAUCGGGGGGAGGGGGGGGGAGGUGAAGGAUAGAGAAACCAAACAUCAGUUUUUUUUAAAAAAGUGAACAUUUUCCCCAUUUCUCACUAGCACCUUCCCUUCAAAAAAUGUUAAAGAAAUGAAAUUUAAGUUACACACAUUUAAUUUCGAACAAACAUCCUUCCGAAAAUGUUUCACUUGGAAAUAAAUAUCUGUUUUGAAAUAAAAUUAUGGGGUUGGCGCCGGCAGAGGAUAUAACCGGAUGCAAUGCAUUUUGGAAGCAACGAAAACACAAAAAAGUUGUCUCCAAAGACUGUACUUACUCGCCUUGUAUCAUGGGAGACUUCACCUUUUACCUUAUUUUUAAUUAUUUUUUUUUUAAACAACACCUUAUACUUUGAUAGAUCCUAUUAUUAAAUAGAAGAAGAAGGCAUGUUUAUACAAGAUCAAAGAGAUUUAUUUUUUUUUUAAAUUUUAGCCAUCCCCCCCCCCCCCAAAUAAUCUUCGCCAUACCACUGCCUCCCUCUCCUCGAGUUCAAAUGUUUUUUUUUUAAAUUAUGUUUUUACUUUUUCUUUUUUUUAAAUUUAAAUCCAGCCAUUUUGAUGGACCAGAUGCCCAGACGAAUAUCACGAUACCUCAAAACUGUACUUCCGGUCGCAUAGACUGGCAUUACCCACAGGUAGGAAACAGUGGCUGAAAUGAAAUGAUAGAUUCACACAACCAUGAACAGAAAGCUUUCAUGUAAAUAGCUGUACAGUAAGAUUUGGUAUUCCAUUUUAAAAAAGUGUGUGUAUGGGGGGUGGGUGAUUUGGGGUAGGGGGGGGGGGUUGGCUGUUUCUUCUCGAAGUUAUUUAAUUGAGGGAGAAAAAUUUUAAAAAAAAGAUCUUUUAAAGACCUUUAUAUAAAUUUACCCAUGGUGUAAUGUUGAAUUAAUAGUGAAUAGUGUGUGUAUGGGGGGUGGGUGAUUUGGGGUAGGGGGGGGAGGGGUUGGCUGUUUCUUCUCGAAGUUAUUUAAUUGAGGGAGAAAAAUUUUAAAAAAAAGAUCUUUUAAAGACCUUUAUAUAAAUUUACCCAUGGUGUAAUGUUGAAUUAAUAGUGAAACCUCAAUCUCACUUGAAUUAUUGGUGAAACCUCAAUCUCACAUAAAAUUCAUUUUAGGAAUGAUACAAAAUUAAUAAUCUUCAACAUGGUUCAUCAACUAUAAUUAAAAGCUUUAAAGGACAAUUAACUGUAAUUAACAGCCCUAAGGGAUCAAUAAAUGCAAAUACCAUUCACGUUAGGGUUCACCAACCACUAAUAACAUCAAAUCCAGGGCAAGCUCCAUGUUCAGCUGUCGCUGCCGAGCCUGACCUACUCCCUGUGCCUCAUAGAGGGCUGGGCCACCAUGGUGGCGGAGGUCAGGGAGGUGACAGGGGGAGUCAACAAAGUUCUCAACUUGCCCACAGCAGGUCAGUAAAUUAACUGAUAUCAAGGUGACUUAGGGGUCGUUCUCAAAUUACGUCAUGCUCGGAAAAAAGGGGGGGGGGGAAUCGAGAAUUCGUGCCACUUUGUGACGGGGAGAGGCGGGGGGCAAACUUUUGUGACGUUACUAAUUUUAAAAAAAAUAAAUCUAAAAUUUUCUAAUUUUGAUAAAAAUCUUUACGCAAUUAAUUUUUAAAACAUUAAUUUUAGGUCGAAUGUGCCUCAGGUAUCAUAGGUAAUAUAAACCUCAGUCGCGCACAUCUUUUGCGCAAAAACUGUUGUGACCAUUUUACAUUUGGCUCGGGGAUGACUUCGUUGUUUCACGUCACAGAUUUCUAAUAAUACUACAUCUUCAUCCAUUGUGGGAAAAUGUUAAAGAAUAACAUAUUUUAUGUAUGUUUUGAUUUUUUAAGUGUGACGUUGCACUUAAAAAAUGGGAGGGGGGGGGAUUUGUGACACAUUGUUAGAGGGGAAGGGGGGUCUGAAAAGGUCUUUUUUUGCGUGACAUAAUUUGCGAACGACUCCUGAACCACGUGAUCUUGAUCUUGGAUCAGGGAUUAGACGAAAAUCACGUCUUUUUAAGGAUCACAGUAGUCCCCACUUUUUUUGUUGGUCGCAACGGAAGCUGUGUUGUAUCUAGGAUAGUUAUUAUCAGUUCAACAUGGCUUAGCUAGGUUAGAUCCCCACCAGCUCAAUGGCGUAGCUAAGUAUAGUACCGGCAGUUCAGUGGCCUAGCUAGGUAGAGUACCGCCCUGAAAUCUUCCAAGACCAAAAAUUGCAAUUAGCCGAAACUGCCACCUCCCCAAAUGAAGAAACAAAUGUUCCCCCUGCCUGGAGCGAAAAACCCCAUCUAUCACCACUUUCUACGCCGUGGAACGUGACUUAUUAUUUUAUAGAUGCCUGGUGAUGAUAGCAUGCGUUCGACUGAUAACUUACACAUAAAUGAUAGCAUACCUGUAAAUGAUAAUAUACAAAAAUCCCACUUUGUGUGAUUUUAAAUUUAUAUGGUAUGUCUUUUUAAAUUGACUGUUUAUUAAAUAUUUUAUUGCAUUUAUAAUUAGGUUUUGUUUUGAAUUUGUGUUAAAAAUUUAACUUUUUAUUGACACACAAAAUAAAGCUGCGCCUUUGAGGUAAGUAUGAAGAAGCUGUCUGCCAUAUUUUGUUGUCAUUCAAUUCCCUUGUCCUAAGACUCAUAAGUCACGCCACUAAUCAGGCGUUUAUUUAUCCCCCCCCCCCCUCUUCUGUCAAAUCUUCAUAAGUUUAAAAUUAACGAUACGCGGCAGUAAAAAUUAAAAUCAACGGGGACAACGGGGGACAAAGUGCAUGUCAUCUUUGAUUUGAGUUUGCGCUAACAGUGCCAAAUUUCCCCUCUCCGUAGGACACCCGGCGUGUACCAAGGCUGUGGGCGGGACAACGGAGCUGCUGGUGCAGGCUGAUCCCAUGCUGGCGUACAUGACUUCCUUCAACUACACCGUUGUGACCAAGUCCCAAACACACUGAGAUUACAUUCCACAUUCAAAUCUAAAUGAAUGGCGGAUAUGGCACUGAACGCCCCACACACUCCUCCCUUCCCCCUCCCCCCCCCCUUGAAAACCCUUGUGAAAAUUUACCAUCUUUGCUUUUACACAAUAUAAUCAUUCUAAUAGUAAUCAGCUUUAUAUCAAACUUUGAUGUGUGUGGGAAAUGUGAGAACAAAAUGAGCACUCUGUUAUCAGAAAAUUUCACUAACUGGUUGAGGUUAUAAAGAAGAUGCUUACGGUUUAGUAGUGAAACCUCAAUUUAACUUGAACUAAUAGUGAAGCCUCAAUCUCACUUAUAUUAAUGGUGAAACUUCAGUUUCACUUGAAUUAAUGUACAGAAAGCGAAAAUAUAUGAACAUAAAGAGCUGUGUCAAUUCCAUACAAUAAAAAAAUAUAUCUCAUUAACUAUGACUUUA